GCCGCGCAGCCCGUUCAGGUGCUGCGGCGGCUCCACGUAGUCAGGCGGUCGGCCGGCUAGGGCGCACGGACCUCGGCCCGUGACUGUCGUAAGCCCAAACCGGGCCCCUGCGUCCCAGGUCUCCCGCGGAGCCAUGGCGGGCCCGGGCCCGGGGGAUCAGGACGAGCACUACGAUUUCCUGUUCAAGCUGGUGUUGGUGGGCGACGCGAGCGUGGGCAAGACGUGCGUGGUGCAGCGCUUCAAGACCGGCGCCUUCUCCGCGCGUCAGGGCAGCACAAUCGGCGUCGACUUCACCAUGAAGACGCUGGAGAUCCAGGGCAAGCGGGUCAAGCUACAGAUUUGGGACACGGCUGGCCAGGAGAGAUUCCGAACCAUCACCCAGAGCUACUACCGCAGUGCCAAUGGGGCCAUCCUUGCGUAUGACAUCACCAAGAGGAGCACCUUCUUGUCGGUGCCUCACUGGAUCGAGGACGUGAGGAAGUAUGCAGGCUCCAACAUUGUGCAGCUGCUGAUUGGGAACAAGUCAGACCUUGCCGAUUUCCGGGAGGUUCCUCUGACUGAGGCACAGAGCCUGGCUGAGCACUAUGACAUCCUCUGUGCCAUCGAGACCUCUGCCAAGGACUCCAGCAAUGUGGAGGAGGCCUUCACCAGAGUGGCCACCGAACUCAUCAUGAGACAUGGAGGCCCCAUGUUCAGUGAGAAGAGUACCGACCACAUCCAGCUAGACAGCAAGGACAUUGUGGAGAACUGGGGCUGUGGGUGCUGACUGGGGGGGGCAGGGCAGGCAGGCCAGGCCAAGACCUCCCCACCUCCCUUGUCUCCAGCCUGUCAAGCCCCACCAUGUAGAGCCGGCCCUCCAGGGCACUGGUUUCUCUAGAGGGAUUCUGCACCCCUAGCCUGGAUGCUGGGUAGAAAGGGAGAAGCAGGGUGUCCUGUGCAGAAGGCCGUUGGCCUAGGGCAGGUUGUGGACCAUCCUGCCAGCCAGCAUCUGCUCCCUCUGUGCUCUCACAUUCCAGGACUAGCCUGAGCCUUCCAGCAUAGACUUCUGUGGGAAGCGGUCCGGCCGUGCUGCCCAGCCCCCACGUGCUGGUCUUACCUUCUCCUGCCUUGACUGCUGCUCUCCAGGGAUGUGGCUGGAACCCCAGGUUCCUCCAGGUCGUUCUCCGGCCUCUAACCAGAGUGUAAAAAGCACAUGAGUUAGGCCAACAGGCGGGUGCCGAGCCUUGUCCCUGGGAAUCCUGAGCCCAUCAGGCGGAAGCAGCGUCCUCCCUUCACUGCCAGCUUGGAGCACUUAUCUCGCUGGGCCUGGCUCGCUGCCUUACCAAGACUUCUCGAGUUUUUCUGCUUUUCCAUGUAGCAUCUCAUUUUCACUGACACAAGUGUAGGGUCAUGGCCAGGCCCAGCUGGAUAUGGUCUGUUGGCCUGAGGCCCAACAUUUUGCCAGUCAGGUUGCCAAAGCAGCUAAUCUCUCAGUGUGGUUGAGGGUUGAGAUAGGAAAGGAAAAAGAAGCAGCUUGUGGGGGUGGGGGAUAACUCACUGGUGGAACACUUGCUGAGCUCACGCCAGGCCCUGGGCUCAGCCCUCAGUGCCAGGAGUGACAGCACCGAGACAGCAGCUUCUUUUGUGUCCCGGAGGUGGAGGUGGAGGUUGAGGGCCCUGUGGUUGCUGCCUUGCCUCGUGGGGAAACCUUCCCUGCCACAGUUCAGUUCAGGGCGACUCUAGUUCCCCAUGGUCCUGGCCUAACUUGCGGUUUCAAAACAAAGAAGAUGAGGACGUGGUGGCCUGAGACCUAGCCGUCUCACACCUCACUGGUCCCUGGCCUUCCUUAACAGAUGCUUCCUGCUGGGGUCAGAAGGAAGAGUGGGGUUCUUAGGAGGCAGGAUUGUCCUUUGGGGCUCAGGGAUCAAAGCAAGUAGGUGCAGGAAUUGAGCCAGGGAAUGAAUGUUUCUGAGGUCGUCCUUGGUCCUUUGAGUCAGCCCAGUUCUGUGCCCUUUUACCCCCUCACUGCACACUCAAACUGCCACAUCAGCCAUGGGCCCCAGCCAUUUGGGUCAGGCUCAGUCCAGUCUGAUCAUGGAUCAGGUAUUGUUCCCUGCAUCUCCCCUUCCUGCUGGUAGCCUACCCUUUCCUCUCCUUUCAAGCUUUCUGGUCUGUCGCCUCUUUCCUAGGUAUAUCUGACCACGGGGCCAGAAACAGGGCUUUGCAGCAACUCCCUAACAGCGUAAGGAGAGAACUGUGCUGAACGAGAUAAACAGGACUAGACCCACUGGCCCCUUUUCGGGUAGGAGACUUGGGGUAGCCUGUGGAUUAGCUGAGCCUGGUUCUGGUGAGGUGGAGGAUGGCCCAAGUGAACCAGAGCCUGCCUAGAGGGCUUCUCCAGUGGAGGUCACCGUGGCUGUGCUGGGAGGGGCUCAGCAUUAGGAAGGUUGAGAAUCACUGCCGUAAGGGUGGAAUGGGUAGAGCUGAGUAAGCCCUGUUUGGCCCAGGGAGCCUUCUUCACUGGUGGCCUCGUGGCUCACCCAACAACUAGGGAGAUCACCUCACUUCCCUUUCCACAAUCCCCAGGCGCUGAGGUGUGGCGAGGCCCAUCCCUGUGCUCUUGAGCAGCAGCAGCCCUGCUCUGAGUUUAGCCCGGACACCAAAGUCUCCUUGAGCCCAGCACUCCCCACUGCCCUGGUAACCACCCUGCCCGCUUACUCUCUGGGUUCCAGUUCCACUGCCAAGCACAGGUCUGGAGGGCCAGGUCCAGGGCCCUCAUUAUGGCCUCCACAGCCUGCCCACCUCUCUACUCACUGUCAAGUCUGGGCCCAAUGUGACCCUCCUCUCCCAAGUCUCUGCCAACCUGCCUUCUUAUUGACAGCACAGAAUCCCACAAGUGACCCAGAGGACAUCUCUGAAGAGAGAUGGCCCCUCCCCAGUGACAGGCCUUAUCUUUAGUAUCCUGGCAGGAACGAGUUCUUCCCUGGACUCUUGGUUCUGUGGCCUAGGAGGACCCUGAGUCCUGGACUGAAGCUGGCUCCUCUGGAGAAGCUGCUGCCAUCCCUUCAGACAGUAACGCCCAGGCUCUGGCCCUCUGCGGAGGCGCCUGCCCCACUCCAGUACACAGAGAACCUCAGGACCCCUGAGCCUUUGUCAGGAGCCCUGGUCUUGAGGACCAGAAAACAGGCAAGUGUGUGUGAGUCAGGAAACAAAGCAGUUGCUUUCCUUGCCCUGGGCAGGCUCGGCUGGCUGCCAGCAGUCCAGGGCCUCUGGGUAGCAGGAGCAGGUGGAGGCUGGGUGCUGGGGAGGGCUAGGAGGUACCCACAGAGGCAGGGCGGGGCCAGCGUGACUGCAGCAGGAGGAGAGUGAAGGACUGAGGGCUUGCCCACUAAGGUACCAAGAAGGGCCUCCAUGUUUCUUUGGGUAGAAGUCUGUCUCCAAGGACACAGGCCCCAACUGGGGGAAAUCUACAGGGAGCCCCUGGUGCACAUUGAAUUGGUUGCCCUGUCCCAGGAUGCUGCCAGUGGUGGGCCUCCAGCCGAACUCACCCCUGCAAGGCCUGGACGGGCAGAAUUGCCAGCCCAAGGAUGCCAUGUGCAUUGGGGAAAUUUUCACAUUACCUAUUUAUGAAAAUGUAAGUCUUUCUAUCAAAUCUAUUUUUGGAACAUGAAAAGUUGCCUUUCUGGAUAUGUCACAGAGCCAGUGUACAAUUCAGCCAUUAAACAUUUCUGUACUGAG